UUUCUGCAUUAUUAAACCAUAAAGCAUCAGAUCGGAGACAGGUUCAUGAUUUGUUUUGAGAAGAACGGAUAUACAAACACAUUUUAGUUUGUCGUAAACUUCAUCGUAAAUCGUCUCGUUAGCUUCCGGUUGGACAUGAGCACUUACAAAUAUUAAGUCCAAGGGGCUCAUUUUGAAUUUGGCGAUGGACAACAGCCAUGUAUUUUACUUGAUAUAGAUGCAACAUUUGACCUUUCCAAGGGAACCCAGAUGGCGGAUCCUUUUUCAAUAGAAGGUGCCAAAACAACAGCAUCCAAAAGCCUGUGUGGAUCAGACACCAGAUCCGCUCUGCUGUCACUCAGUUUGUUUCCGUCUAAUGAGCAAUUAAAAAUAACCCUCCGCAGAGAACCGAACACUCAGGCUGUCUCCAUGUCUGUGGUUUUGACACUUGAUCCGGUGAAGCAUUUUGAAAAUGCGAGUGAUAUACCUGCAUUUGAGCUAGAGGACAGCGGUGAUAUACUUGCUGGUAUGACGAACAUGUCGUAUAAGUGUAAUUCUCAACAAGAAAUGUUUUUCAAUCAGGACCCUGGCUACUCAAUGACCAUGAAAGUAACAAAUCUUCAUGUACAGGCGUACAAUAUAGAAAACGGGACGUUUAGUCCAGCAAAAGAAUGUGAUCAGGACUUAACGACAACAAGCCCAACAACUACACCUACCCCUUCACCCACGACAGAAGAACAAACAACAGUAUCAACAAGCCCGACAACAACUAUAGAGAAAGAAACAACGCCUGAAACACCAGCUACCAUUGUACCAGAGACAACAACACCGGAAACACCUGCUACCAUUGUACCAGAGACAACAACACUAAACGCUACUUCCCCGGAACCGGAACCGGAAACAACCACUCCCACUCCGGAACCGGAAACAACCACUCCGGAACCUGUGCAAACUACUACACCAGAAAUAAUUCCUAAGUACGAGGUAAAAGACGGAGACACGGUGUGCGUUGUUGUUCAAGGAAAAAUCAAGUUCAACAUAAAUUAUGAACGAAAUGAUAACCAGACUGGAAGUAAAAGCAUAAACUUGCCUGAAAAUGCGAAGGUCAGCGGGCAAUGUAAAUAUGACGGAUCUAACACAACCCAAGAGUUCAAGGUCAGUUUCUUCGAUGAUAACUGGAGCUUUAGUGCCCUUAUAUCACAAGACGUCGAAAACUUGUUCAAGAGUUCUGAAUUAUUGCUGCGGGAUCUCAAAGGCGAGCCUUCCUAUUCGUGGAAAAGGGUCGAGUUAAUAUAUGUUGUAGACAACAGUUUUCCGGAUGCUAAAGCAUCUGAAAUUGGGCAGAGGAAGAAUGUCACGAAAGAUGAGAGUGAAGGUGUCUUCAGGGCCAGCGGUGACGGAUCCUACAAGUGUAAUACACGCGAAACUUUAGAAUUGCCGGAAGGUAUUUCCAUGGAUUUAGGCAACUUUCAGUACAAAGCGUUUGGCACGGAUAGUUCGGGAAAUUUUACUAAUAACGAUGUGUCUGAAUGUGCAGCAGACAAAGGGGACGAUGAUGAUGACGAUGACGAUCAUACAGUUGCAAUUGUUUUAGGGUCUGUCUUCGGAGGAUUGGCAUUUAUUUUACUGAUUGUUGUCAUAGGAUUUUGUGUGAAGAAAAGAAAGCAAAGGGACUAUGAAGUUAUGUAACAAAAUGAAUGGAAUCAUAUUAGAUUUCACCCAAUCUUAAACUAGUUUUACACAAUGUGUAAUGGUACAUUAACUAUAGAUAGGGGUGGUGAAGAGAUACAAUUAAACAAAACUUGAUUACUCUAUUCAAGAAAUAUCUUUUACUCCAAUACGUGUAAACAACAGUAUGCUAAUAUUUAAGUCUUUGACUCGUGUCUAAUACUUUUUCUGGCAAACGUUUGGUGUUAAAUGUUAUCAUAAUAUAUGGGGAAAUAUAUAUGUUUUACUAGA